UGGUAGUGUCAUGCUUUGGACCCGUCAGUGUCUAAACUUCAACACUAGUACUGUUUUGAUAAUAUAACGAUUUAUUUAAAAUGUAAAUUUUCUAUUAAACAGUCAUUUGAUAAAACAAAACAUAAAUAUGUCUUUUAACGUGUCUUGGGAUGUAGAUAAUUAUAGAGAUGAUCAUGAAAGCGAAGAGCAAUGGUCAUUAAGAAAGGCCUUUAUGGAACGAUGGAAAAACAUGUAUCCUGAAGAUAGGCUCGUCUGUUUGGCCAGAGUAUUCAUUAACAUAGAGUUUAUGGGCUGUCGGUAUCCAAACGAAGUUAUGCUAGAAGUUUCUAGAUUAUCGAACGAAGUUGCAGAAGAAUAUAGAAAAAUGAAGAAGAUGAAGCUACAAAGAACCUUCGUAUCCGCCUCUGAGGCAGCUGCAGUUAAGGCUAAGGGUAAAAAACGAAAAGGUGGACUCGUAAAAGGGAAACCUCCGAACAAAGCACCCAAAAUAGACUUUGUACCCCAAGGACAGCAGGUACAUACAAAAAUUAAAAAUGAAAAUAAUGAGAAUCAACCAAAUAAUGUUGAUUCAACAACAACCGACAGUGAAACUGAGACCAAAAUCUCGCAAACGACAAGCAAACCUAUAUCUAUUGAUUACCUAAAAGAAUUAUCGAAGGUAAAGUGCGUGGACGUCAGCAAGUUUGAUGACACAAUGUUCGAAACGCCGUUCGGGAGAUUUGUUCUAUUGAUAAACACGAGUAUGACCAAGUUGGGGAACAUACAGAGUAGCUGUCAGGCUUGCAAACUGAAUACCACAUUUUCGUAUGAGGACAAUGUGUACACCAUUCAUAUAAACGAAGACUUGAUAGCCGAGGCCCCCGGAACUACUAAAGCAUUGGCCAGAGAGGCUGCCGAGAAAUUAGCUUGGAAAAAACUGAAAAAGCACUGCGUGUGCUUACUGGUCAGAGAAAACAAGAGCAAUAAAAUAGAUAAAUUAAAAAUUAACGAAGUCUUCAGGAAGAAAGAGGAUUCUGGGACGAAGGUUGAGAACAGCGUUGCUGUCAAAAUGAUGAAGCUCAUGGGGUGGAAGGGAGGAGGUCUGGGUGUCGAUGCCCAGGGUAUCCAAGAACCUAUACAACCACAUCUACAGACGGGUAAACGAUCUGGUUUGGGGUCGACGCCGGGUAUGCAUCACAUCAGGGCGGCGGGCACGAAACUAAUGAAGCGUCUCCAAGCCUCGGAUGACUUUGACGUGGAGCUUGUGUUCACGAACGAAUUCUCAAAAGAGGAGAGGGCGGCGUUACACAAGUGCGCCCAGAACCACGGGCUCGUCUCUAAAAGCUACAACAGUAACAGUCAGAGAUUUCUGGUGGUAAAGAAGAAAUUGGAUCCGUUCUCACUAGUGAAAGCUGCUAUUGAAAAAGGCGGGGACACACCCAAAUAUAAAGUGUUCAUACCGGCCGUGCUGGCAAAAUGAUGUGCACCCUGAUUUAUAAUAGAUAAAAAUUGUAUAAAAUAUAUUUUUAA